CUUUGGUGAAUACUGCCGUUGCUAGUCAACGGAAGGUGCAACUUUUUGGGAUUGCGCGCUAGGCAUUGAAAGGACGCCAUUUUAGUAAAUUGUGUUAUAUGUACGAAGCAAGAAUUUUUUGGUACGAGUUAAAUCUUCCAAGGCAUGAGUGACAGGGAGCAUAGCCCAAGUCAUAGCGGAUCUAAUCACAGCCCUCCGGCUAAUGAUAAGACCCCCACACCACCUAAUUCUAGAGAACAAUCAAGGAGCCGUUCUCGCUCAUACAGCCAACACAGAUCACAUCAUAAAGGAAAAUCUUAUUCUCGCUCAAGGAGUCACUCACGUCCCCGAAAAAUGUCAUAUCGUGGUCGGUACAGGUCAAGAAGCAGAUCACGUUCCCCAAGACGAUACAGGUCUCGGUACUCGCAUUCGAGAUCACGUUCAUACAGUCCACGGGGGAAAUACUAUGGUUACAGUGAUAGGCGGAAAGAAUUCUAUCGCAGCCAUUCUCGCAGUCCUAUGUCAUCUAGGAGAAGACAUAUUGGCAGCAGGGAAAACCCGCAACCUAGCCGGUGCCUGGGAAUAUUUGGCUUGAGCAUCUACACCACAGAGCAGCAGCUGCAUCACAUCAUGUCAAAGUAUGGGCCUGUGGAAAGGGUUCAGGUUGUUAUUGAUGCAAAGACUGGUAGGUCCCGUGGGUUCUCAUUUGUGUACUUUGAAAGUGCUGAGGAUGCAAAGGUGGCUAAAGAACAAUGUACAGGAAUGGAAAUUGAUGGAAGGCGAAUUAGAGUAGACUUUUCAAUCACACAGAGAGCCCAUACACCUACACCAGGGAUUUACAUGGGCAAACCUACAUAUUUGACUGAUGGCAGGGGCCAGUGGGGUGGUAGACAGAAAGGCGACAAUGAUUAUUAUGGUGGUUACCGAGGUGGUGGGGGCUACAGAGGUAGAUCACCAUCCCCGUAUUAUCGCAGACGUCGAUACGAGCGCUCUCGUUCCCGUUCAUAUUCUCCACGUUGUGAAGCAAGAGGUGUAGGCUGAAAAUUGGGUUUGAAGUAUCUUCUGGGGAAGAAUACUGAAAUGAAAAACCAAGUUUGAAUAUUGAAGAAUGAAAAGAAUGUCAGAAAUAUCAUAGAGAGUCCGAAGUGUUUCAAGCAACUUCAGUUGCAAGAAAUUUCCAGCUUUUCUUUUAGAAUCGCAAGAGUCAUUGAAUUUUCAAGUUAGUUGUUCGAAGAAAAAGAAAAACUGAAGCAUGAAGCGUGAAGGGAGUGACAGGUUGCGAAAAUGGAAAACAUGAAACCGAAGACAAGAAAAGACUGUAAGUUCUGGGGUGGUUGAAGGGCAUAUUAGUAGGAUGUGACACACAGUACUGUGGGACAGCAUUUUGAAAACUGAAAUGCUCCAAAAUCUACUAUAAUUGUACAUAAAGUUGUCAGUGACAUUACACUGUGGACUUGUAACAUACACAUCAAACAAAUGGUUAGGUGGUUGACAAUAAUUCAAUAUGUGUAACCCUAUAAUAAAUGAAUGUGAAUUGAGAUGUUAAAUGUCAUAGGCACAAUACACAGCACCAGGUGUUGGUCUGCAAUAAACCAUUAUACUUAGAGUU